AUGAGUGAUAUGACCAGAACCAAGCGCUGCGGGCUUUGCGGCCUGCCGGUCAACGCGACCGACCUAGAAUUGCACGAAGAUUGCGGACGCAUUGGUUUAGGCCACUUACAGCGUGCCAUGCAGAGAAUCCACCAGUUCAACUUUGAACCCCCAGCAAGACAGGAGGAGCACGCGAGGGUCACGAGAUGGGCCGAGGCAAUGAUUGCUGAAGGGCUUUCGCUUUGUUUCGCUCAGGGCGAAACAAAGGCUGAGCAGGAACUCAGCAGGACGUCGGAAGUCCUGCGAGGCAUUGGCCAAUACUUGGUCUCACAUUACAUAGUGAGAGAGAACGAGUCUAUGCUUCGCAGGGUUUCCCGUACGACAUUUGUUCUGAAGGGCAAAUUUAAUGUCACAUUCUCUUUGUUCCAAGGACAGAAGUACGUUGCGUCUGUGUCGAGCGGUCAGGAGCAGCAGCCAGGCAAAUCAUCCGAACUGUUUGCACUUGAUCCUGGGGAAACGGCGCAUGUCGUCCACAUUGCCGAGAACCAUCUCGGUGUCGUUGACAUGGUAGUUACUGACUUGUACCAUGUCUUUCAAGCUGACCAAGUUGCUGGAAUAUGGUGGAGAGCCAUCUACAUCCCAUGUGGAAGAUGCUUAAUCAUGGCAACUAACGAUGGCAUCAAACUUCGGAGCCUGUCUCCAGUAAACCCUUGCAAUUUCUGUACAUCAUUGCGAGGACCUCGUUAUCACCAGAUUGCAUGGCCCUUUCCAACCCACCACAUCGCGAUCCGCUGGGUUGGAAAGCCACGCUCAUAUCCGGCGCGAAUGGCACCUGUCAUCUUGAGAGGGUCUUGUGGCGGUAUAUCGACUUAUUGGGAACACACAAUCAUGGCAAUUCACAGUCAUGAUAUUGACGAGAAGUCCUUGGCCCCUUACUCUCGGACAGGCGAGGAUGCAGUGUGGAUUUAUACGCCCCUCGACGACAACGAGACAAUUACGGAGAUAUGGUGGGGAUGCAUUGACGGUAAUGGCGAUGCGAUGGGUCUUCGGACCAGCAAAGGCCGAGAGGUCUUCCUAGGUUUCGUAGGUGCAAUCCCAGACCUUGAUUGGAAACUAGCAUCUACACCAGCGAUGAAUAACUACAGAUUCUACUACGACUCUAUGUCAUCUAUGGCUAUUGGUGGCCUAGCAUUCGAGGACCCCAGUCCCGUUACUCAAGGCGUCCAGCCCUUUGACCCUACCACUAUUGUGCCACCAAUGCCAGACUUUCGGUAUUGUGUCGAGCUCUUCUUCUUUUCGUCAGCCAACCUAAAGGGUCUCUCCGAAAUCACAGUCUGCCAAAUUCCAGACAAGCGUGGGAUCUCUGGUCUCCUUCUCGCAUAUACCAACGGCCACAAAGAGGCUCUUGGUGAAGUACGAUUGAACUCUCUUGAACCUCCUAUCGAUGUCGGCAAACAGGACCGGAUCUGGCUACGCUUUGAGUAUGAUCCCACAGGAAUCAUCGAUGAACAUCCUCGCCUUGUCGAGAUCUCCUUUUCCCGGGUUGAACCAAUUAUACGCGAUGGAACAGAUCCUACAAUUGCUGGCAUCAACUGUCUCGAGGUUCUCUUCACAGAUGAACUCCACUGGUGGUGGUCAUCCCUACAGUGUCAGGUAUUCUACAACGGUCAGGGCAGCUUACAACCACGAGAUGCUGAUAGAUGGCUACUAUUCAACGACUAA